AUGAACACCGUAGGUUCAAAAUUCUUGUUUCUCUUUUCAACUCUCUUUCUUCUUCACGCCAAGGCCACGGACGUUCACUAUUGCGAUAAGAAAGCAAACUAUGCUGUUGAGGUUAAGGGAGUUCAAAUAUCUCCUGAUCCCAUUGCAAGAGGCCAUCCAGCUACAUUCACCAUUUCUGCAGCUACAAGUCAAGAGUUACCACGAGGGAAACUAGUGAUAGAUGUGUCGUAUUUUGGAUGGCAUGUAUAUAGCGAGACCGAUGACCUUUGUGGAGAAUCAUCUUGCCCUAUUUCGGUUGGUGAUUUUGUGCUUUCUCAUUCACAAGUUUUACCUGGAAUCGCCCCACCUGGUUCAUACUCGUUGAAGAUGAAGCUAUAUGACGGAAACAAGAACGAGUUGACUUGCUUUACGUUUGGUUUUGAUAUUGGGUUUGGUUCUUCUGUGGCUGAUAUGUAA